UGGUAAACGAUGCCUGCCUGUAUUUCUGUUGUUGUGUGGGUGUGGAUUUAUUUCACUGAAUAGAAAAUAAUAUAAAUAUGUAAUUUGUUAUCAAAAUGUGCUCUAAUAACUGUGUUAAUGUUGUUGACUUAGACUAUGUUGUACUAAAGCUCAAUGGUAACGACAUUACAUCGUUGUCGAGCUAUGAAGCGGUUCAAAUGUUCCUUCAAGCUAAAGAAACCCUAGUAGUCGAAUUGUCCCGUAAGAAAACUAACAUCAAAUGUACCAGCCCAUUAAAUUCGAAUUCGAGUUCGAGUUCGAAUUGCACGCAAGACGACUCGAAUGGUAGAGCAACUUGUGCCUCACGAACUCCAAACAAUUCCAGUGCACUUCCAAUACCAAUACCAAAAACAAUAACAAAAACAAUUCCAAAAAAUGAAUUAAUUUUAACUUUACGUGUCGACGUCAAUUUGGCGCCAACAAUUGAUGAUGUUAUGCCCACUGUAGUUUCAAAGGAGACUCAGACGAUCGAUAACUUUUUUGAUGUUCAGCAAAAGAAUAUCGAUCAUAAUAAGGAUAUAGCCCAAACAAUAGCCGACCACUUUAUCGAGCAACAACAUCAUUUAUUUGAGCAAUGUUUAGAACCCGAGAUCGACAUUGAGGAAGUAACACUUGUUAAAAAUGAUUCAAUUGGUGAUCAAGUUGGAAUUUCUGUUUGUUCCAAUGGCUAUUUUAAUAAUAAGUCUGUGAUAUGCAACGACAACAAUGGUACAGACUUGAUUUCACAGGAUCCUGAUCCCGAUCCCGAACCAGACCCGGAUCCAGAUCCUGAUGCCUGUGAGGAUGUAUUCGUGAGUGAUAUUCAAUCGGAGAGCAUUGCCGAUCGAGAUGGUCGUUUAAAGCGGGGUGAUCAGAUUCUUCGAAUUAAUGGCAUCGACAUCAAAAACAAAAGUCAUGCCGAGUCCCAAAUUGCCGAGAACAAUACGGCCGUAACGUUGCUUGUCAGCCGUAUUCUAUAUCCCGAAGACGACGACGAUGACGACGAUGAUGAUGACGAUGAUAUGGAUAGUAACUUUGAAUAUGCCAACAGAUUUCUUACGGAUGACUACACAAAUGUUGUUGACAAGUUAGACAAAGUCCUUUUAGCCCAACGACAGUCCGACAUAAGGCCAGUUAAUGAAAUAAUAUCUAAUAUUGAGCCAGCGGCCAAAACUGCCAGCAAGUUACCAAAUAAUUUAGAGAUUAUUAAAAGUAAAACCAGCACAGAUAAAGUUGCGAAUGAUCAAACGAAGUUAUCGCUUCACAGUACAGUCAAGUUACAAUCGGAAGUCAAUUCUUCAAUUGGUCAAUUGAUAGCUAAGAACCUGCCUAAUACAAAUCAAAAUACAACGAAAAGUGUCGUCGAACCAACGAAAUUUGAUUAUGAUGAAUGCGAGCAUAUUUAUGAAACAAUUCCAGAAGAUUCGGAAUCGGAGCCACUUUACUGUUCACCAUAUCAAAGCUCAAACUAUAUGACCGCCAUGGGAUCCUGCUCUUCAGCAGAUGUACUGGAAAUGCAGCAGCAAACCCAAAGAGUGGCUCAGUGGCUGGGCCUUAAGUCACAGAUCAGUUCACGAGCGGUACACACACUAUCCGGCCGUCCAAGUCUCAGCACUAAACCACCGCCAAAUCGAUUAUCAAAUCGUGUAUAUACAUUACGCAGUGCCAUAACAAAUACAACAAGUGGAUCAAGUAGUAGUGGUGCUGGAUACAGUGCCUGUGGCUAUAUUAACAAUCGUAUUGAUAACGACAUUCAGAAUGCGGCUCAAAAUACGAAUCAGAAUCAAGGCGAAGAAGUCGACAACUCUUCAAGUGCCUAUAAUACAGGUGGCUCGAAUAACAGCGCUUCACCCCGACAAAACCCUUUGAACAAUGUGGACACUGAAAUUCAAAACACAUGUGCCAACAAUCGAAUAUUAUCUGGCUCCUAUAAAUGCACCUCAACAUCCAAAGAUACAGUAUUAACAAGCCCUAUAAACAGCACGCUCAUGUUACCAUUUGGUAAGACAGCUCGCAUUCUUUGUUCCACUCAUCAAGGUCCACAGCAAGGUCCACUUAAUGAAAAUACGACUCAAAGCAAAAUAUUCACCGAUGAACUACAGCCUUUGACAGCAGUUGCUUUAGUUAAGGCAGACUCGAAAUUAACGAAAGAACAACAGAGUCCACAGUGUCCACAAUUUAAUGCGCCCAACUUGAGCAGAUAUCACUUUGUCAGCAGUCAAGAGGUAAGUAAGGUUGCUAAUAAGACUGCGUCAGUUUCGAAACCCAACUCGAUUCUGGUGCAUACGGAAAAUUCGGAGGAGAUUCCAAUGGUAUGGAAAGUGAAACGUCGCCCGGAUGGAACCCGGUAUAUUGUCAAGCGACCUGUGCGAAAUCAUGUAAACAUGGGUAUUCGAAAAAAUAUACGCAAUAAUGAAAUACCCACAACAGAGGAUGAUACAAUAUCGGAGGUUAAAAUCGGACGUUAUUGGACUAAAGAGGAGCGAAAACGACACAUAGAACGAGCGCGGGAAAGACGUCAUCAUCAACAACAACAACAACUGCAACUACAACAACAACUGCAACUGCAACAUCAACAACAACAACAACAACAAUUUCCAACAUAAAAACUGUUUACUAUGUAUUUAGCUUUAAUAAUCCUUAAACCUGUAGAAUAAUUUAACAUAAUAUACGUGUUCAAAAUGCCGGGUAUCAAAAGCAAUUAAUUAAUAAUGAUAUUAUUAUUAUUAAAGGGCUGAUCGACGACAACUUGGCUUGGCUAAAAAUCAUAAUAAUAAUAAUACAUUUGUUUUAAUCGUAAAGAAAAUAAAUCAACUUUAUGAACAUGCAUACGAACUGUUUUAAAACCAAUUUCACAUAAUGACUUUUCAAAAGUCUUGUAUUAAAACUAUAUCAAAAUAAAUUGAUCUGAAUCUAUUUAAAUAUGGCACAACCAAACUACAAUUUACAAUAUAAAUACCAGGCCGUUAUGUACCGAAAAUUGUCUCCCAGAUUUGUAACAUUGCAAAUAAACAUAAAUAUAUAUAUAUACAUAUAAAACAUAGAUGGAUGGAUUAGUCAAUCUCAAAUUAAAUGUUGACAGUAAACCAAAUUUUAAUGCAUACACACAAUUUUAAUGUUGAAAUAAUUAUCACAAGCGAUCCAGAUUAGUUGCAAUUACAGUAAGAUAAGUCCCAUUUUACUACAAUUAAUUCCUUUUAAGUACACCCAUAAUAAAUAUCCUAUUAUGUACAUAAUAAAUUAAUCUUUACCAACUGCUUCCUGCUUUUACAUCUAUCCUUAAGCUUAGUCCUUAAUAGUGAUGGAAAAAUACAUCGAAACAUCGUUGAAUCGAUUUUCGCUAAAGCUCUUA